CCAUCACCACUCCCCCUGCCCACUGUGUUUUUACAUCUGCUCCCGGUCAUUGCGAGGAUAUGGUGUCGCACGACGUAUGAUGUUGGAUGGUCGACGUUCAUUCAGAGAAGGACAACAAAGUACUGAUAAACAUGGAUCGUUUAUUGGAGGACCCACGUGCUUCAUCAAAAUUUGGUUGAAACUUUUAUUUGCAACAUGGGAACUUAAACAAGAUUCUGUCAAGUUCCCAAUAUUUGCCUUAGUGUUCUUCAAAGAGGAUUAGAGACUAUUCUGUUCAACGGUGAAAUAUUUGUGCUGUAAUGCCAGAACGAAUCAAACUCAAAAUGAAUGGGGUUGUACCAAGUGUGCCAAUAACUACCCUCGCUGGUAUUGCGAGUCUUACUGACUUGUUACCUGAAAUGCCUCUACCGACUCCGCUGCCACAGACUCUGACUAAUAAGUCGUUGCUGUUUCAUCCACGAGUGGCAGAGGAAGCGCAGAUAUUGCUAAGUGUUCGCGAUGAGAAUCUUGUACCGCAGUUGAUAAUGUCUCUGUCACAGACCUCGUCGGAUCACAUUGAACUCAAGGAUAAUUAUGCGAAUACCGAACAGUCGUUAGAAAAUGAGCAAAACACGCCUGAAUUGCUCAAGGCAAUCUUACAGAUAAAUCCUCAUGUAUUUAGGGGACCUCAACACAAUUCUCCGAGAAAUUGGGCGCAAGGUGCGCCUAUGUUGCACGCGAAUCAGUCGCCGGCAAGCUAUGGUCGUUUCUCGCCGUCCUACUCGAACUCUUCAGGCUCUAGGCAAACGCCUCAAGGUAGUCCAGCUCAUCCUGCGGCGGCCAGAUCUGUGCUCCCGCCGCCAUUAGCCAGCGGUAUUGCUCACGCGCAACAUCCGCGAAUGCCAAUUACCCCGCAGAAUCAUGCGGACAUCUCGCAGAUGUCUCCCUUUGCUGUGCCUUCUCCGUCGCCCAGAGGUAACGUUAUGACCGAACAAACAAGAACGUUAACAACGCCCCAGCAUAUGCAAGAGGACACGAACUGUAUAAAUCCUUUAUCGAACGUAGCUCUUCAACCGAACAUGUAUUCGCCGGCUCACAUGAGUUCUCCCAGUGCACCACUCUCUCUCGGCAAUGUGACGCCUCAGCAGCACAACAUGGCUGGUAUGACGCCGCAACACAACAUGCACAUGACAUCUCCCAUGCGCACCAAUAUGCCUCUGCAGCAACAGCAUCCAGCAAUGGGUAUGCAACAGAAUCUUUACGAUCCUAUGAUAAAUCAGCAAGUUCAUCAUGCUUUAGGUAGCGGUCAAUCGUUGGACAUUGAUAGUGCGGUGCAGGAGAAUCAACAGUUUCUUCUCGAUCCGGCAAGCACUCUUCCUGAUAUUGAUUUGCCGAUGGAAAACAUCGAUGUGAAGCAAGGCAUGGAUCAUGCUGUGCAACAUUUAUUAUCAAGUCCUCAGACCACAUCUUAUCCAAGUGUACACGCCACUGAUAUGAUUAAUGUUUUAAAUCCAACCGCGACUAGUGUUGUGCCUAAUGUGCAACAUCAGCAGAAUAACAAUUCAGAAAAAAAUAUGAAGCUUACUAGUACGUUAACGGAAAAGCUGAAGGAGCCUAUUGUUAUGUUAAAUAGAUUAUCGCUGGCUGAUCAAACACUCAUGCAGAAAAGUUUGGCGGCAUUUGCGGAAAAAUCGCCGAGUCGCGCGGCGAAAAUGGGCAUCUCUAAUCGCGAUGACAUGUCAAAGACUGACUCCGAGAGCGAGGAGGAAAUUGGUAAGAACAAUAAACACUUCAAGGCUCGCGCGAAAGAGCGGCAAGUACAACGAGAGAAAGAGAAAGCGGAGAGACGGAAGAGCGAGGAUAAAAACCGCAGACGAAAAAGGAUAACGGACGAAGACGAUGAGGAUGAUAAACGAGAUGCACCGUAUACGCCUACGAAACCAAAAAUACGCAAGAUUGAGAAAAAGCUAGUGCCUGUAUUAGCCAAACUGAGUGUGGAGGAAUUGAUGGAGACCAAUACUUAUCAGCGAUUUAACUCUACCAUAGAAACGAUUUUCGAGAACACCGAGGAAAUAGCGAACGCCGAUUUUGAAGAUGACGGUGAUGUACCUCCUGAAAUACUUAUUCCCAAGUAUCAAUUGCACGAUCUUUGUACAGAAGCAGCCAAACUUAAAACGCUUGGUGCCAUGGAAUCGAUACCCACGGACAAAUUAGUAAGAUUAUUGAAUAUUCUGGAAAAGAAUAUACGAGAUGGCGCGAGGGUAUCCCCGCUCGUAGACCCAGACGAUGAUGUCGAAGAAGGACGAUUAUGGAUGCAAUUAGCAAUGGAACGAGUGCAGCGCGCCGUAGACGCAUCAUUGAUCGCGCUGCAUAUUAUGACCUCUAGCAAUAUGCCGAAGACAGUCUAUUUGGAGGACGUAAUUGACCGAAUUGUUAUUUUUAUGAAGUUUCAACUGCAAAACACAAUCUAUCCCUCAUUCGAUCCUGUCUAUAAGAUAGAUACGAAGAACAAGACUGACAAUUUUAAUUCUAGCGGACGCAAGAAGCGAGGUCACAUGAAAGAGGUGCGUGAAAAAAGUAUCCUGCAGGUUUACAACAAGAUGCAUGAAUUAGUAGGUCUGCUGGCUGAGUUGUUGAAUAUACAGGUUUUAACAGAUACGAGCGUUCUUCACGCAUCGUCGUUGGGCGUUGCGCCGUUUUUCGUCGAAUCGGUGAGCGAUCUUCAAUUGAGCGCGUUAAAACUUGUUACUGUAAUAUUUACCAAGUACGAGAAGCAUAGGAGACUACUUUUGGAUGAUAUUCUGGCAUCUAUAGCGAGACUACCUAGCAGCAAAAGGAGUUUACGCACAUACCGACUCAAUUCCGAGGAUCAUAUACAGAUGUUGACUGCUCUAGUCUUGCAACUCAUCCAAUGUGUGGUAGUUUUAUCAGAUUCGAAAUCUUCGAAGGAGGAGGAAGAGAAGAAGCCCAGUCACGUAGACUCCGAUGUCUUUAUUAUCAAUAGAUAUGAGACUGCCACUAGAAUCGCAGGCAAUUUUUUAACGGUAUUUCUCAACAAAUGCGGUAGUAAGGGCGAAGAAAUAGAUUACAGACCAUUAUUUGAAAAUUUCGUACAAGACUUAUUGGCGACGGUGAAUAAACCUGAGUGGCCUGCCGCCGAGUUGCUGCUCAGUCUUCUCGGAAAUCUGUUAGUAGGACAUUUUUCUAACAAGAGCUCCGAUAUGUCGCUUCGUGUAGCCUCCAUCGAUUAUCUCGGUGUGGUGGCGGCCAGAUUGCGAAAGGAUGCAGUCAGUUCGCAUUGCAAGCUAUCGACCAUCGAUCAGAUCAUACGGGACAUCAAACUCGAGCAGCAAAAGGACUCGGAUUACGACCAGAUAAAAGAUAAAGAAAUUGCAGGAUUGAGCGAGGAUGAAGAAAGGACGGUAUUUUUGCAGAAGGUACUUUUAGAUUACUUGGCCGUUAACGGAACGAAAGAUUCAGCUCUUGGAUACGCGCGUCACUUUUAUCUGGCUCAAUGGUAUCGGGAUUGCGCGUUGGAGAAAUCUCGGGUAGGCCAGUCAAAGAACAGCCCGAGCAAGAAGAUGCAUAAAAAACGAGCAAAGAAGAAAAAUCGGCAUCAUAGCAGCGAUCAGGACACAGAAUCCGAAUUGGACGAACAAGAUCCAGACGAAAACGACAAUAAUGAGCAGAAGAAUUCUGAGGCUUACCGGAUAAUCGAAGAGAAGAAGAAAUAUAUUAUCAGUAGAAUAAGACCGUAUAGCACGGGAACGAAACCUGAUAUCCUUCAGACAUAUAUUGAUUAUAACUCUGCGGAACUGAUCUCACAGUAUCUCGCAUCCAAGAGACCGUUCUCGCAGAGUUUUGAUAAAUACCUCAAGCAGAUCCUCCAUGUGUUGACGGAAUCGUCAAUUGCAAUUAGAACCAAGGCGAUGAAAUGCCUCACGAUGAUCGUCGAGGCUGAUCCGAGCGUGUUAGCGAGGGUGGAUAUGCAGUUGGGCGUGAAGCAUUCGUUCCUUGAUUACUCGACAUCCGUGAGAGAGGCAGCGGUAGACUUAGUAGGAAAAUUUGUGUUGAGUAGACCUGAAUUGAUUGACAAAUAUUAUGAUAUGCUAUCGACUAGAAUUCUUGACACUGGUGUCAGCGUGCGGAAACGCGUUAUUAAAAUUCUUAAAGAUAUCUGUAUGGAAUGCCCGGAUUUUCCUAAAAUUCCAGAGAUAUGCGUAAAAAUGAUAAGGAGAGUGAACGACGAGGAGGGCAUUCGGAAGCUCGUCAUGGAGGUUUUUCAAAAUAUGUGGUUUACUCCGGUCAGAGAACGCCCCACCCUUGAUUCAGAAUCAUUGCUAAGGAAGGUCAUGAAUAUCACGGACGUCGUGGCGGCUAGCAAGGACAUGGGGCUUGAAUGGUUUGAGCAGCUUUUGGUAAGUCUAUUUAAACCGAAAGAGGACAAGGACGACAGCACGAAGAUGCAGGCAGACCCGCCACGAACAUUGUUAACGGCGUGCAAGCAAAUUGUAGAUUGCCUAAUCGAAAACGUGUUGCGACUGGAGGAGACAAAUUUGGGGGACUCAGAAAAAUUGGGAAAGAAAGGCUCGUCGCAGAGGUUGGUUGCGUGCCUGACAACGCUUUACUUAUUUGCAAAGAUUCGGCCGCGGCUUCUGGUUAAUCAUGCAAUCACUCUACAGCCUUACUUGAGUCUGAAGUGUCAGACGCAAGGUGACUAUCAAAUCAUUAGUAGCGUCGCACACACUCUUGAAUUGGUAGUGCCUCUGAUGGAACAUCCUAGUGAGACCUUUUUAGCGCAGUUAGAAGAGGACUCGGUAAAGCUGAUUUUGCAACACGAUAGAUCGGUAGUCGCGAGCUGUCUGUCGUGUUUGGGAUCCAUAGUCAAUAACGUCACGCGAAACUUUAAACUAAUACGAGACUGCUUCAAGAAAUACUACGGACACUUAACGGAGUACAAAUCGUUUUACGAAAAGGACCCGACCAAUCCCAUGUUAUUAAAAUACAGGCCGUUUUUCCGACGAGCGCUUUUCACGGUUGGUUUACUGUUACGUCAUUUUAAUUUCACGGAUCCGGAGGUGAUAGAAGGACUGGCAGACAAUAUUAAGGAUCAAGUUUUUGAGACACUCAAUUAUUUUGUUCAUCUAGAUAACGACGACAUCCGGCAUUUCACUUUGUCAGCCAUCGGUUCUCUCUGCAUACGGCAUUACGAGUUUAUGAUGCUGCCAGAGCUGAAAGAGCUUUAUCAUCAUUUACUCACAUCAGAACACGCACUGGUUAAUAUGAGAAUACAGGUACUCAACAACAUUGAAGUGUACUUGCAGGAGGAGGAAAAGAGGAUGAUCAAACAAGAUCUUGAAUGGGCGAAAAUGUCGAAGCAGGAGAAUCUAAAAGAGAUGGGUGACGUAUCGUCGGGCAUGGCUAGCACCGUGAUCCAGCUUUACAUCAAGGAAAUUCUCGAGUCUUUUCUGCACAUCAACAUAAGUGUACGACACGCGGCCCUUAAAGUUAUCCAACUAAUUUUGUCGCAGGGUUUGGUGCAUCCCGUCCAGAUAGUGCCCUACCUGAUAUGCAUGAGUACCGAUUGCGAGAAGGCGGUGAGUCACAGCGCGGACAAAUGGCUGCAAGACAUUGAAAAGAAGUACCCGGGUUUUAUCCAUAUGAAAUCGCAGUUUGGCAUCAAGUUGAGUUAUCGACUACAAAAAAUUUUACAGAAUGAUAUUACGGUAAGAGGUAUGCGAACGAAGGACGGCGAAUUCCCGGGCGCGCUCAACGGUUUCCUCUAUACGAUUCUGCGCAGUACGAAACAGCAAAGGCGAGCAUUCGUGCUGUCUUUUCUCAAGCGCUUCGAUGAGACUGCCAAGACUAGUUUGUCGCAGAUGCUGUAUCUGGCGGACAAUCUCGCUUACUUUACAUAUCAGGUGCAGGACGAGCCACUCUUCAUCAUCCAUCACAUUGAUAUUAUCAUCUCCAUGUCUGGUACGAAUGUGCUGCAGUCUUUCAAAGAGGCUUUGCUGCCCAAGGAAAACAAUAUGCAAUCGCAGUGUGGACAAUCCGAACUGACAUCGGCACAAAUGACGGGGCAAACGAUACCGACGCCAUCGGUACAGACAACGGCAGCGGGGCCAAAUGGUCAACCAAAAUCAGAUCAGUUAUUGUCGGCUCUAGAAGACGAAGAGGACGAUGAGGAGGAUGAAGAAGCUAUUUUGGUCAGAUUACCAGAUGACACCACCUUGCUCAGGGAGUAUAUUACCGCCAGUCAAGGCUUCUUACUUUUAUUGACACUUCGGCAGCACCUCAAGGAUCUUUAUGGUUUCUCUGACGCGAAAAUCAGUCAGUAUUCGCCUUCGGAAGCGGCCAAAGUCUAUGAAAAAGCGGUUAAUCGUAAGAAUAAUUUGCUUUUCGAGCCCAAGGCCACGCUACAGAGACUACGGGAAGGCGUGACCAAUGAGGAACUGGACACAAACGGUAGGAAAAAACUCGUGAAGGAAUAUCUAGACUUCAAACAAUUGAUGCUCAAGUUUGAUCCCGAGGAACCAGACGACGAUGGUGGUAACGAUGCCGGCGACAUCAGUGGUGGUAAUAAGCAGAAUGCGGAGAAUCCGCAAGCGGCGAGGAUACCGCCGCAUCCUGUGGUCGAUGGCGGUGGCAGAACGAUAGCUGACGGCGCUGUCGUAGGAGACUCCACUCUGGCUGUCGCGGGCGGUCAGCAACAAUUCCAGUUACUACCGCAAUCAAAUCUGAAUCUGAACUCCGCUCCGAUGGAGCAUCCGAACAACUCGGUGAAUUCGCUGCCAGCGGCAGCAGCAGCAGCAACACCAACGACGCCGCGAGUACCGAAACUAACGAUACACGCUCAUCCAGAUGCGAGGGAAUCGCAUCGCAAACACCGCACGCACAAGACGGACAAAUCGGUGAGGAAGCACAAGAAGAAGAAGAGGAGAAGAAUCUCCGACACCAGUGACAGCGGGGAGGACUAUAGUGACCCUGACUUCCUCGUGUGAGUGCAGUGGUAUAUCUCAUCCUAUGUGUACAUAUAAAUAUCCGUGAUAGUGUGUGCGUGCGAUCCGUCGGCUGGAAUGACUCACGUUCCACGGCCGAUACCUGGACGCUAUUGUGUAGCGCGACCGUCCCUUUCCCCUGGUUUCCUGAAGCGAUUCUCUUUCCCAGCCUCUCAAAGUUGUGCUACGACUUUGAAGACGAUUCACUGAGACCGUUUCAGGUCAAGAAACUUCAUAGAGACUAUAAUAGUGAUGUGGGAAUGCGUGUGAGCGCGAGAGAAAGAGAGAUAGAUCUUCGGUAAGAAUGAUAGCCAGAGAUUUUUAAGUGCGAUCGAUUGAAGUAGGAUUAGCGUGUUGUUGGCCGAAAUGGUGGGCAUCCGAGGUUUAUCGAUCCGCCAUGCCGUUGUUAGCGAGAUCGGCUCGUUAAAUAUUUCGUGCGACCGUGCUCGGAAACUUGUGGCGGAUUCAUUCGAGAAUUAGCUUCUGCUUCCUCCCUGUCGAGACGCUUUCGAUUAGGGAGCUUAUAGAUGAUCACACGAUUCCGCCGAAAUAGUGCAGAAAGCAAGGGAUUACGAAUGAUUCUCGAUAAGAUACUAUGAACAAGUUUCUCGAGAGAAAUCAGUACAAUAAAUUACGUUCGCGAACAAAAUUCACUUGUAAAUAAUAUCACAUACAAGACGAUGUCUAAUACAACUGUUAAUUAAUUCUUUUCAUGGAGAAAGAAAUUAGAGCGCAAAGAGAAAGAAAAGCAUUAAAAAAAAAACGAUAUGAAGAAUGAUCGUUGUCAAUCGAUAUAUUGGUCGUCGUUGCUUCCUCUUUCUCCUUUUUCAGACUGAAUUUGAAAAAAAAGUAAGCACUGCUUAUUUCGAUAAUGCUAAAUUAUUAAAAUUUAGAUACAUUUAUGCUAAUGCGCGUGCGCGCGUUGAUUUAUAGGUAAACAUUAAAAAUAUUUUGUGUUUUGUGCUUUAAAGUUUAUUGAAAUUAAAGUAUGUACACACACAUAACUGUGCACAGAAUAACAUUUCCAAGACGAUUACUCUAUAAUACUUCUGUAAUAAUAUUUUAAUCAUUGUAAAAAAAAAGAUAGAAAAAUAUAUUGCUGCUUUAAGACACAUUUGACAAAUACAAAUUUAAUAAAAAAAAAAAAAAGAUAAAAUUCAAAUGUAUGGUUUGAUAUUAAUCUAAUAAAAAGAUUACUUGAAAGAACAAACAAAAAAUUUAUUAUAAUAAAAUUUAUUUGAAAGACGGUAAUAUUUAUAUGAUAUUAAGAAUAUUAAGAUUUAGAGAAAGAGUUUAAGAAUGUGAUAUCAAAUAUUAUUUAUAUUAAUUACAACGUUUAUUAAAUACAUAAAGUUUCAAAAUAAAUUAUUUUGUGCUUUCAAAAGUGUAAUACAGAAUUUACAUUUAAGAAAUGAUUACAUUAAAUAUAAAUGAUACGCAAAAAAAAAAGAGAUUAGAGAAAAUUAUACGUUUAAUUUUUAAGCAUAUCCGGCAAUUUUAAAAAUAAGGCCAGAGUAUUAUCGAUAUAAGCGGUAAUUACUCGCCUUCAAGGAGCUGUACCAAAUAUCAAAGGUCCACAAAAUUCGACAAACGAUACGAAACGAACUUCGAUGGAGGGCGGACCCGUAUAGAUCCUCUCCUGCAGUAUGUAUAAUAAUAAAGGUGUGUAGCAGGACGCGUUGCCUAUGCAUUACGAAACGUUGUUUGUAAUAUCUGUACAUAUAAAAAUCUUCAAGUAAAGUAUCUUAUUUUCGUACAAACUAUAUAGCGGUGACAUUUACGAAGAAUACUUAAGAUUUUGUUGUAAUAUUAAGUAUUUAUUCAGGAUUUAUAUGUUGUCCCAAUAUAGUUUGCUUCAUAUACACACACACUCACUCGUCCUUGAUGUACGAAUACGAUAAAAAAAAAGAACAAAAUAAAAGAAAGGUAUCAUUUUUAUACAAGCUUAUAGAGGUAAACGGUAAAAAGGGACCUCUUAUUAACAUGAAAGAAAUACGGGAAAAAUUCACAGCGCGAUGUGACAUACCUACUCGAGAAGAGUGCGAUCUUAUACAUUUUCAUUUGUCAUAAUUGAAAUAAUCAUUUGAAAUAGUUAAAUAAUUUUACUAUUAUUCUACAUUUGUAAAUCCUUAUAAUUUGCAUUUGAUUUAUGUAUGUAAAUUAUAAGAAUGUAUGAGUUAUACACAUUAGACUGUAGACAAUUCACAAUUUAAAAAAAAAAAAGUAUUUAGUAGUAUUAUUUAAAUAUAUAUGUUUGUAGAAAAUAAAUAUUUCAAAAAUUAAUUAUAGGAAAUGUAACACAUACAUACACAUAGUAAUUAAAAAAUAAUUGAAAGAUUCGUAUUCUUUUUUACAAAACUUUUUACGAAUGGAUUCAAUUUUCAGAUCGCACUCUUCGCUUUCGUUUUUCGUUUCCUUCGCCAGUAUAACAGCUGUUACUAUAUUCAAAAAGAUACGAUGAGUUUGUCGGACGAUGUAUAUGAACACAAGAAAAAUAUCUUUUUCUUUUUCCAUAUUUAUAGAAAUCCAAACAUAUGAUUUAAAUGCACUUUUUUACAUGACUAGAUUCAAGGCAGCUAUUAUUUCGAAAAUUAUAAAGGAGUUGUAUUCGUGAAAUUUUUUUACUGCAAUGAUUAAUUCUUUUUAUAUAUUUAUAAUUAACGCGUACACAAGAUAUAAUGAAAGAAUAAAAAGAAAGAAGCGAGACAUCAUCGCAUUCUUUUUACGGGAUGGGAUGCGAGCGCAAACUGAUCCAAGAUAUGAUCGUACCUCUCCCCCCAUUAUCCAACUAAAUCAAACUUGAACACCACUUAGAUAUAUUUGAUACCUGUUUAUCAAUAUCGAAUGUCGCGAUUUAUCUUAUCGUUAGCUCGCUAGUUGAGCGCACGCAUCUCUUCGACCGAAAAAAUGAAGUUGGAAACGGAGACUACGACGAUUCGACCAAAUAAACGCCUCUUUGUUCUUCUCGCGAAUUUAUGUUAUGUUUCUUCUUGUAGCGGAUGUUGAGAAAUUUGCUAGUAGCAAUUAUCGAUUAUACGAGGUCUUUAUUCUAGAAUGAGUACAUAAAUAGAGGAGAAAAUGAAUGGAUGCUAAUACAUUUAAACAAUGAUAUGAGUUUCUUUUUUUAUAAAAAAUGAAUUUAUUAUAUUAUCGAAAUGUCUUUUUCUUCAAAGAUUUAAAAUAUUGAAGAAAAUAUUUAUUUAUUGCGCAUGAGAUUCUGCAUAAACAUUUUGUGAAUAUCUUUAUUUUCAAAUAAAAGAUACAGAUUCGUUAUUAAAUUCUAGAAGAAAAGUAUUUAACACCAACUUGUAUUAGAACCAAUUUUCUCUCUCAUUUUUAUGUUAAUUUCACAUUCUUUCAAUUAAAUUACAUUUAAAAAAUUAUAAUUUUUUAUUUUGCAUACAAUUAUCAAAUUUUUUUCCCGCGAUUUUUUUUCCCAUGGAAAGAAUAUUAUUCCUUUGUGUUUCGACAGAGACGUUUAUCUGAACAUUGAUAACGCAAUGCAUUUAUAUUUGAUCACAAGAGACUACGAGGCGUAAAUUUUUACAUUUAUGCGGAUUUGAUAACUAUAUUAACGAACGCAGAAUCUAGAAAGUACAUUCUUUCAUAUCCUUGAUUUACGAUUAUACUCGCGCUUUACCGAGGUCCAGAUGUACACUCGUCUAUAUCACAUCAUCAAUAAAACUGGCAGUAAAAAAUGUAUGAAUUCAUUCGUCUAGCUUUAAGAAUACGCGUCGAUUUUUGAAGCGCACGUGGAAAUUUUGCUGUCAAAAAAAAAAAGCUUUUUUUCACGCAUUUAUCUCUCUUUUUCUUUACAUAAUUGUCAAAACUAUGUUCUACAAAUAAAGAGUGCAAUGAUAUUAAAUUAUAUAUUUUUGCAAAUGCCAAAAUUUGUUAAAUUUUUGCACGAUGUGAUUAUCUUUCGAAGAAAGUUUAUUUACACAUGCAUAUAUGUUUAGCAAAUUUGAUCACGUGCGUUUCUGAUGUUUAGAUUAGUAAAAUUCUCGGUUAUUAACUGUGUUCUCGGUUUCUUUUAAAAAGAAAAAAAGAAAACUUGCUUCGUGUUUGAUGCAAAUUUGAAAUAAACUCCAUAUAAAAGACUGUACACAUCAGAAUGAUUUUUAUGAACGAUGAAUGAUUAUCGAAUUCGAGAAAGAAGCAAGAUGUGAACAAAUCGAUAUAAUAAUUGUCACGUUAUUCCAAGCAAUGUGCGUAAAUCUGUCAUUAAAUCACUAUUUGUUAUAAAGUUUUUUCGAUUUUUGAGAGUUGAAGCUUGAUUUUGUUCUUGCUUUUUGUAAAAAAAAUAUCGCUUAUUUUAAAAUCUUUUGGUGUAAACAGUAAACUACCUAACCCGAAAUUUUCUGCUUUAAAGUCCCUAAAACUAAUAUUAUAAUUUAUUUAUUUAUAGUUUUAUAACUCAUCAAGCUUUAUAAGAGGAUAGAUUCUCUUACUUUUGUUAUUUCAUUAUUAUUAUUACUAUUUAUCAAUUCAAAAAAUCAGUUUUUGUCGCGAGAGACUUAACUCGCAAAGGAAUUAGAUUCUCUUUUUAUAAAACGUGCACUAUAUAAAAUAAUCUGCACACAUAAAUUAUAAAAUCUCGUUUUCAAAUUUGUACCGUUCCCGAAGCGUGCAAUGUUAGAAUUUAAGCGAGGAUUGUUUCUUGUACAAUUUUCUUUCCGAAAACUUACGGAAGCAAUAAUUAAUCAGAUUCUCAUUAAAUUGUUUAUCUUCGGAUAAUAUGCCCAUGGGCGAGUCUUAGAGGAAAAGCAGAAGGUUACUCGAUUUUCUUCAGUUUUUAUAAAUUUAGUAAUAACUUAUAUGUCUAAAAACAUAAAAAAAUGUUUGCAAAAAUAUUUACAAAUCUGACGAUUUAACAAGAAAAAUUAAAUAACUCAUGAAAGAAAAAGAAAACUGGACAAGAGAUUAGUUUAUUCGGCAAUUAUAUGAAGACAAUUUUUAAACAUGGUAUUGUAUCCGUCAUGAUAUUGAUUAUGAUUAUAAGAAUACUAGUGGUUCUUUUAUAUGUUUUUCUACCGCGCGUUUAUAUAAAAGCGUAUUCUUUAUGGACAAUGUAAAAAAGCCAAAACAUUUAAUAUAGGAGCUGUAUGAUUUCGUGCGAUCUCGGUAGUAGGAAAGUUUUUUCCGAAGUCAGCCUCAUUAUUGUCACGAAAAAUUCGAGAAAGUCUCUUUUCUAAAUCUAAACGAUAUAACUAUGAUUAUGAAUAUAUACAUAGUACAUAAUAUGCAUAUGCAAUUAUAUCUGUAAAUAAUUUACGAAUGUAAAGAUUCUAAUAAAAUUUAUCAAUAACUUAUGAGUUUUCCAGAAUCCUCUCACGAGAAAAACUUUCCUGCGUGCCGAGAGCUUUUUUUUCAACGUUAUCGCUAAAAUCAUUUUCUCAACUUUAUCUUUAAAUACAAUCGGAAGAAUUUAUACAUUUUGUUUCGGAUUUUUAUUUUAUCAACGUAUGUAUAUAUAUAUAUAUAAUUCGUGACAAUCUUGCAUUUUUUAUAAAAUAUUCUUUCGAAGCGUUUGUUAAAAAAAUAUGCAGAUUUGUUUAAUGAAAAUUAUUUUCUGUAACAAUCUUAAUCGAUAUUUGGAUUUUCAUAUUCAAUAGCCGAAUUUUUUUUUAAGAAAAGAAGAGGCGCGUUGUGUGAAACAAAUCGAGAAGAAUCACUAUUAUUCACAAAAAUGAUGAAGUUAUCAUUAAUAAAGUAAAGAACAUUAGAUAAAAUAAAAUCGGAUGUAAUUACACGCGAACUUUUGCACUGACUGAGCAAACGAAUGUUGGAAUGAUACGUUACUGGGAACGAAAAAAGUGACUCCGCUGUACAAAUGUUCACACGUGUACAUAUUUAUCGUUUAGAUGUCGGCAAAGUUAGUGAUAAACAAAUUACAGCAACCGUUAUGAUUAAUCGAAUGACAUGUAUGCCGAAUGAGAUGGAAAAUAUAAUUGAAAGAGAGUGUGCGUUAAAUAUGAUUAUUGUUUGUUAUAAUAAACAAACUCUUCUAGGCGGUGCGCAUUAUAAAUUCUAAAUAAUUAUAUUUCUACGUAUAUAUAUAUAUAAAUAAAUAAAAAAGUAUAGAUAUACAUAUACAUAUAUAUGUAUUGUCUAAACGAAGAAAGAAGAAUGCGUUUUAAGGUCUUUGCGCGUAUUCUUACAAAGGACGAAAGUGCCAUCAUAUCGCGUCGCGUAGGAUUAACCCGUGACAUGUAAACAAAUAUAGUAAUUAGUAAUAGUAAAAUAAUUGAUAAGAAGAGCGAGUUAAAAAUAUAGCGGGCGAACAGAUUAUCGUACUCGGCGCGAUACGAGACACACUUGUGUAUUAUAGCAUUAUACAUAUAUAUAUAUAUAUAUAUAUAUAUUAUCACCUAUGUUUUUGUAUUUGGUAAUCUAAAACGAAAAAAUAUCGAAUUAACGAACAGAAGAUUAAUAGAAAGUAUAUUAUAUAUAUUUGAGUAAAUGCUCCGAGGGUUGGAGUUAUCCGAGACGAUGUUGAUGAUAAUAUAGUCCCUUUUUCUUUCUCUUUCCUUUAUCCUUUUUCUGCUCUUGAAAAUAAAAAAUAACGAGAUUUAUAGAGCGGUUUAUAAUAUAAUUGUAAAGCUGAGAAUAUGCACAUAUAACGAUCGAUCUUGGAUAAAAUCAACACUCGUUUACUCAUAAUUUAUUAUGUACAUCGUCUGAAAGAAACAGAAAGAUACGUUCGUAAAGAAAAAUAAACAUAAGUAUAUACCAAUGUU